GUGAAAGUACGUCAAUGAAUAAGGAUGGUUCAGGGGAAUAAAGCAUUCACUUGUGCUACAAGGCGGCAGUAGGUGAAUAAAAGCUAAACAUGUGUGGAGGAAAUUAAUUUAGGAUGCAAAUGAUGCAUAUUUUAUCUGUUUUACAAUUUGACGAUCUUCAGAUAGAAAAGUGCCGCCCCAAGGAAACAAUGGCCAGUUGUGUAUUAGAAAGACAUAUUUACAAAGCUUGGGGUUCCUUAAUAGACCACCAUCUUGGAAAGAAAAUGAGGCAUCAUCUGACAGAGCUUCUCCACAAUGUUACGGCUGUUGAUAAUGCAAUAAAACCUUCUUUUCUGUUAGAUUUUGGGAUAAAGGCUUCAUCCUUGCAUCAUUUUGUAGAGGAUUUGAAGAGGACUGGUUGUGUCAAGACAAUACUGAAUAUUUACCAGAUGGGAACAGACCUGAUGGUCAUCAAUCCAAGAUGUAUUCAUUUAUUACAACAGUGCUCCAACUUGGAAUCAUUGUACUAUCUAACAGACGUUUCAUCAGGCCUUGAAAAGCCACAGUCAAUUAAACAGAAACUUUUAUUUGAAGAAUUAUCACAAUCUAUAAAUCUACUGCCAUUUAGCUUGGAUAAUAUAGCCAUAUUUGAUCUAGAUGUAACAAAUAUGAAUCUGACAACUAUGUUUGGGAUACUUCUAGGUUAUCCCUUUACAUAUUGGUUUGAAAAAGAAACCGAAGAUAACUGCCUCUCUAUGAUACCAUUAAGAUGUUUAAAAGUUACAAGAACAAUACAUAUACAGAAAGAAAAUGAAACACAAUUGAAUUCCACUGAAAGUUUCAAUGUCUUCUCUUUCAGUGUACCAGAAGAAUUAUUUGAUCACACUGCUGAAGAUCAUCUAAAUCAGUGGUUUUCUCAAAAGAAAAAGAAAGACUCAAGUUUACAGCUGUCAUCUAAAACAGAGAUAUUACCUAAAGUGGCAAUGUAA